GAGGAGUCAUUCCGGGGCUGCCUCGUCGUUCGGGCUGCCGAGACACCCAUUUUCUUUAGGUCUUGGGCUGGUACCUGCUGUUACCGAGCCCGGGAGAGUGGUCGCCCUCUGAAGAAGAUGCUUUGGGCGUAGCGAGCGCCGCUGCAAGCCGAGGGACGCUUCGAUUCUGCUUUCGCCCCAUCCCGCAAAACGGUUCGGACAUGGUGGUGCGGGCGGUGCUAAUGCGGGCGCUGAUCAUGGGGGCCCCGGGGUCUGGAAAGGGCACCGUGUCCUCCCGCAUCGUCCAGCACUUCGCCCUGAAACAUCUCUCCAGCGGGGACAUCCUGAGGGAGAACAUGAACAAGAAGACUGAAAUUGGCAUGCUGGCUAAGUCAUAUAUUGAACAAGGGCAACUGAUUCCUGAUGAUGUCAUGACACAGCUGAUGCUAAGUCAGCUGAAAACACUAGAUCAGAACCACUUGCUGCUGGAUGGCUUUCCCAGGACUGUCCCACAGGCUGAAUCGCUGGAUAAAGUAUGCCCGAUUGACACCGUGAUUGUUUUAGAUGUACCUUUUGAGACCAUCAAACAACGUCUGACUGCACGCUGGAUUCAUCCUGCUAGUGGCAGGGUGUACAAUCUUGAAUUCAACCCUCCCAAAGUCUCUGGUCGUGAUGAUCAUACAGGGGAGCCUCUUGUUCAGCGUGAUGAUGAUAAACCAGAAACUAUUAUGAAGAGGUUGAAAUCUUACGAAGCAGAAACCAAACCUGUUCUGGAGUAUUAUCGCCAAAAAGGGGUGCUGGAAUCUUUUUCUGGAACAGAGACCAACAAAAUCUGGCCCCUUGUUCAUAGUUUCCUCCGAACCAAGCUGCCUGAAGUGAGCCAGAAGGGGGCUGCUACACAAAGCUGAGCACGA